UCUAUGUUCUAUAGUUUGGGGUAUUUAUAAUCGUUUUCUCUUAUAGCUGACCAAUUGAUUUUCAGUCAUGCUCUUCGGUCCCAUAUUUUUGUAUGUAAAUUAUGUAAAUUAUGUCAAACAGUUGAAAUCACACCAAUAAUAGGCAGGCAACUCGUAUCUAUUUGAUUUUCCUUAAGCAGACAAUAUGACCGAGAGAGGAUACACUAGUUGAAAACAGACAAUAUGUCAUGUGAUCUUGAGUAGUACGAGUGUUGCAAAAGUUCGUGAAACAAUUUAGGAAAAUCCGAGGCUUUAAGUUUGCAUGCGGAUAGAGGUGGUUUUGUAUGCUUAUUUGAAGACCAAAUAUAACUAAUAUGUAUGUUUAUUGUGACUCCCACUGCAAGUAAUUUAAGAUAAAGACCGGUAAUAUAUAUAAGCAAAGAGUUCCUUUUUUCCCUUGGUGUAUGGUUGAACUUCCUUUUCGUUCGCUGUAGUUUGUUUAAUGUUUUGACUCCGUCUUUGUGCUUUCAAUUUGAACAAUGAUACGAAAUAUCGCUAGGCGUGGUUUACUAAAACAUCAUAUUUUAUUUACAGGAUAAGUCUUUCAUAUAUCUAGCCGGCCUAUUACAGGUAAAAUGUGUGCAAUCAAAGCAUUCCAUCUAACCAUAGAUGUUGAAGAACUAUAGCUGUUUACUUUCCCCAGGCACUAAAUUCUACAUGUUGUUCUCUCUUUCAGUUUUAUUUUAUUAUUAUUUUUAUUUUCAUGUUAUUUCUUUUUCAAGUAUUGCAUUGAAAGGGUUUACCUUUCCUACUUAACACUCUCCAAUUAUAAUGCGGAACGAGAAGAUUCAUUUCAUUCCUACUUAUAGAUGUCGAAGUUGAAUACUCGUCGUCGGAGUGUGACCAAUGCGCCUCCCACAUUAUCAGCAUCUACUGCUCCAGCCGUGAGUGCUCCAUUGAUUGGGGAGCCUACACCCAAUGUUGAGGCUACUUCUACAGCGUCUCAAGUGCCCGUCUAAUUGACGUCAUCAGUGUCCGUUGAGUCGCUCAGUGCACGGCGGCCUCACUGACGCUACCACGACCCAAAGCCUUCUGGUCAGACUUCCUCGGCAUCCAGAGUUGAGGCUAAAAAAAAACACCAGGGGGCCUAGUCGAAUGCUGAAGGAGUUACAGGGCGUACGUCAGAACAACUCCAAGACCAAGAUUGUGUAUGACCCACAACAUUGUGGAGCGGGUACCUCACAACAGCAUAGCGGCGUUGCUAGUAGCUGUGGUGUUGUUAUUCGAGAUAAUUGUCCUUUUCAGCGGGAGUCUUGGGCAAAAAUUCCUGAGGAGACGAAGAUAUUGGUGCGAGACAAGUUGUCGUGAGUUUAUGAUCUUGAGGACAUAUCCCCUGAGGUCAUGGUCUACUUAGAGGAGACCUUAGCAACCCGGUACAAACAAUGGAAGAACAAUUUUCACAAGCAUUUUAAGCGAUGGGAUGAUCCAAAGAUUGCUCGCCUAUAUGUUCCAGACGAGUUGAAGGACCGACCAGAGGAUUGGGAGUGGCUCUACAAACAUUUUACGGACCCAAAAUUUGUGAAUUCUAUUACUGGCCAGAAAGCUCGGGAGUCAAAGACACUUCUCCACCAUUUUGGUUCGCAACCCUUUUUGUAUAGGCUUGAGGCACGACGUGAGGGUUCUAAGUUCCCAGAGAUCGACAUGUUCAAGGACGUUUACGUUCGACCUGGUAAUGAGACCACUAAGCAGCUUCAUGUUACUAUGGAGGAAAAGAGCACUGAUGUUCUCCAUGAAGCAGCAUCGCAGCUUCCCCCAGAGACCCUGAUUGAGGACGUCAUGGUACCUGAGGAUGCAGGUUUUCAGAUCAUGACUGAUGUCCUGAAUCAGAACUAUAGUCGUCGUCGUGGCAAGGUUGUUCGGGGUAUGGGGAAAGUGCGGAUUCAUGAGACAGGUGCUUCUUCUUCUAGAUCGAACACAGCAGAGGUCGAUGCAUUGAAGGCGGAAGUGAUGCAGCUGAGGACUGAGGGCGCGAAGAAGGUUCAACUGAAGGCCCAUGCCGAUGAGCUGAAUACCUGUGUCGGGAGGGUGCAAGAACUUGUACAAGCCAUACAAACGUCCGGCCUCCAAAUCUCGCUACCAGUACCUCAUCAUGCUCCACCUUUGACCUCAGAGCCAUCUUGCCAUGUCGAUACCGAGUAGCUUGAUAUAUUAAACCUAGUUCACUUGUAGUUUUUUCUUUUUUGUUCGGACAUCUUGUAUGUACAUUUUCAGAUAUUUUAUAAUUAAAUACUUUUGCUUGGUUAA